UCUAAAGGCUCGCGUGAGUCCCAUCAGCCUCGUCUUACGUGAGAGCACGAGUGGCGCGCAGAAACCUCAGGAAUUGGCGUCCAUUGCCAUUCGUAACCGUAUUUAUCUUUCUUUUUAAAAAAAAAGUCCCGAUUUUUCCUCCCAACACCUGCCCCAAAUCUAUCCACUUCCUCCUCACAUCCUCUUUAGCUCCUCACUCCAUUUUUACGGUUUAUCGCUCCCGAAACCUAACCCUAACGCUAGAGCAGAGCACCACCAUGGGGUGCGAUCGCCGCUCCGGCGUCUCCUCCUCUCCUCCAUCCUCUCGCAAGAAGAAGUUCCACUGCUCGCCCUUCUUCUCCUUCUGCUUCGGCGGCGCCGGCGGCCCCCCGAAGGAGGCGCGGCCGGCGUCGCUGCUCCGAUCAUCGUCGACGUGGCUCCGAUCGAAGGCGAAGGAGCUCCCGGAGCUCCGGGAGAGGUGCCGGCACCUCCUGUCCCGGAUCGGGGGGCACCGCCGCCGCGCCGGUGGGUUCCGGUACGACCCUCUCAGCUACGCCCUCAACUUCGAUGAGGGCGACGACAGCAGAGGAUAUUUCGAGGCGUUCCGGUACAGGAAGCCCUCUGGGCGGCUCUCUGUUUCGCCGGCGCCGGCGCCGUCCGGGACGAGGUAGGGUAUGUAGUCGGAAAUUUCUUAAAACCAUACGGACUGACUUGCAUGUAUUGAGUAUGGUGGCUGCAAUGGGAGUUAGGGUUAUUCGGUGUUGCCUGUUGGGCUAAGAGUAUCAAAAAUGCGAGCUACCGCCGGCUUUAGAUGCUGCGCUGCCGUAUUUUUCCUUAAAUUCUGAAGUCGUCCGAGUUCAUUACGGUUAUGUUUUUUAAGUCUUUUUUCUGAUUCUUUUCUUCCUUUUUUUUGUUUUUUUUCCCCUGCAGACUAGCACACGAAACCAUUAAAGAAAUAAUGCAGGUGAGAUCAA